CCGGAAGUGGAGCGUCUCAUCCCGGGACGCUUGACCGCCGUUCUUAGUUCCCAGGGUUCCGUGAGAGCCGUUUGCCCCACCCCACCUCUUCAACGCUAUCUAUCUCAAUGUACAAUUCUCAGAGAAAAAAGGGGGCAAAAAUAAUUCAGAGUAAUACUGCAAAGAAACGAUUCUGCGCCUCCCCGGCCGGUUCAUCGGAGCAGACGCGGCCUCUCGGCGGUAAAAAAAAAGAAAAAAAUAAUAACGAGUGUGUCGCCGUUGGAUCAGUGAUUGAAAACACCGCGGUAUGUUCAUGUAUCAUGCACAUGUAACCAUAAUCUUACCAUACGGAUUCAAAGGGAAUACAAAAAGCUGAGAGACUUGACAGCGGGCUGUACCUGCGCCAAACGGGGAAAAUAACGGGAGGAUUUCCACGAAUAUCACCUGGAUAUUGCGUUAUAUUCAAGGACAUCCAGCUGCCCGAGAAAGCCUCCUCUUUGCUCGCCCGGAGAAGCUUUCCGAUGUGAGGAGAAAUACAAAUUAACGUUACAGAGAGAGAGAGAGAGAGAAAAAAGGACGGAGAAGGGGCCUUUUUUUGGGUCUGGUCAAACCCUCCGUUGAAAAAGCAGCACCAGCAUCUGUUGACGGGGAGAGGAUAUAAUUUUGACAUCGGCUAAAAAAAACAGGAUAUUAUUGAUAAAGGUUGCUCACAUCAACGACAACGAAGAAGAAGAAGAAGAAAAAAAAUCGGUGUAUAUAAUGUGACGGAUUUGAAAGACGGUUGUUGUGAUAGAGAAAGAAGCUCCGGUGUAGCCUGAUGAUUCACAUGCCGUCAUUUUAAGAGGAAAUAUUUAUUUUUUAAUUUUUUUUUUCUCUCUCCCACCCGCCCUCUGAUGUGCUUUGGUUAGGUGGAGAAAGGAUUGCAAACAACACCCCCCCCCUUCCCUAAAAAUAAUAACCUUAAAUAUAUAUUUAAAGGGAGAGAGAGGAGAAAAAAAGAAGAAGAAGAAGAAGAAGAAGAGGAGGAGGUCGAGGAAAAAAUAGGGCUUUGGUUGUAAAGUGGAAAUGAAUUGAAUGGCAGUGUGGAGAUAUCUGCCGAAGAUGGGCUCCAGAGGAGACAUUUGCUAAAGAAAAUUAACACACAAUAGCGUGAAUAUACAGUUUAAAAACAAGCGUUUAAUUUUUAUUUUUAAAACACCUCUUUUUAAAGGAAAACCGGACCCCGCCGACCGUUCAUUCAUGUAACAUUUUUUUUUUUUUUUUUGCAAAGGCUGGAAAUUUCACAUCCACUGUCAUAUCAAUGUUGAUGACUUCAUUGCGGAUUUACAGUGAAAAACACAGGAAUCAAGCGUCUGAGAGGGCGGCAUCGUUGCUCUGCUCCCCUUCUGACUGAUCUGUGUUGAUAAAUUGCCAGUAAAUAUCCACAUCCCAUCCCUACAAGCCUUGGUGGAGCCCAGCAGUCUGCUAACUAACUAACUAACAGGUUUACAUCUGUUUUAAUUGGGCAUCUGGCAACAUAAAUGUCACCCAUUUUGAGCCAGGUGUUCCUCUGUUGGGCCAGUCUAGGAAUUUAGGAUUGAUUGAUUUCUCUCCUGAUCAACACCCUCCUCCCUUCCUCCUCCUCCUCCUCCUCCUCCUCCUCCUCCCCCUUCCCUCCUUCCCUGCACCCACACACCCAACUGACCACCCUGCCUCCCCCCCCACCACCCCCCCUUGAACCUAUCACUGGGUUUUUGGGAAGAUGGGCUGUCUUGGCAAUAGUAAGACCGAAGACCAACGAAAUGAGGAGAAGGCACAGAGGGAAGCCAACAAAAAGAUAGAGAAGCAGCUCCAAAAAGACAAACAGAUAUACCGGGCAACUCACCGGCUACUACUAUUAGGGGCCGGUGAAUCCGGGAAAAGCACGAUAGUCAAACAGAUGCGAAUAUUGCACGUUAAUGGCUUCAACGCAGAGGAGAAAAAACAGAAAAUUCACGAUAUUAAAAACAACAUUAAAGAAGCUAUAGAGACGAUUGUGUCUGCCAUGAAUACACUCACACCUCCGUGCAAGUUAGCCUGCCCAGCAAACCAGGCCCGAAUCGAUUAUGUCCUGAACCUAAUAAACCAGAAGGAUUUUGAGUUUCCUUCGGAGUUUUAUGACCAUGCAAAGAUCCUCUGGCAGGACGAGGGUGUGCGGGCCUGCUGGGAAAGGUCCAACGAGUAUCAGCUCAUCGACUGCGCACAGUACUUCUUAGACAGGACUGAUGUGGUCAGGCAGAAUGACUACACACCCACUGAUCAGGACCUGUUGAGAUGCAGAGUACUGACAUCUGGGAUCUUCGAGACAAGAUUUCAAAUAGACAAAGUCAAUUUCCAUAUGUUCGAUGUUGGAGGUCAGAGAGAUGAACGUCGAAAAUGGAUCCAGUGUUUUAACGAUGUGACAGCCAUCAUCUUUGUGGUGGCGAGUAGCAGCUACAACAUGGUGAUCAGAGAAGACAAUCAGACCAACAGACUACAGGAAGCCCUCAACCUUUUCAAGAAC